ACAAUCACACUUCAGCACAGAUUUAUUAGGUUUGAGCGCUUACCGGCUUCAAAGCUUGUACUCCGCAGCUUCAAGACCCUAGCGCCGGAUCUCCUCCCAACAGCCAAAAAUGCCUUCACACAAGAGCUUGAAGAUCAAGAAGAAGCUGGCCAAGAAGAUGAGGCAGAACAGGCCAAUUCCUUACUGGAUCCGCAUGCGCACCGACAACACCAUCCGGUACAAUGCAAAACGUCGGCACUGGCGCCGCACCAAGCUAGGGUUCUAAGCUCGAUGGGCCUAUUUGGUUUCAAGCUUUGUUUUUAUUUUUCUAAGUUUAUUUGCAGACAUUUUGUUGUGGGAUUUAACAUUGAGAACUACUGAGGGUUUCUUUUAUUAGAGAUUUUGAUGAGAUUGUUGGUAGUAUUUCCGGUCAUAGUUGCAACUUUGUUUUAGCUAAUAUUUGAUUUUAUAUUAAACUUUUAGUUCCUUAUUA